GGCGGCCGGGCGGUGUCUGAGGGAGGGCGGUUGGCGGCGGGCGCUGGCGGAGCCGGUGGGGCGGGCGAUGCGGCCCGUUCCCCGCCGCGGCGCAGCCCGGGCGGGGGCUCUAGCGGUGGCCGAGCGACGCCGGUGACGGCCGCGGGGCCGGGCUGUCAGCGCCCGAGCCGGGCUGUGCCCCAGUUUGUGUCCAAUCAGAGAGUGAAGUGCGUGCACCGAGCGGGGCGGCAAUGCGUAAACAAGCCCUGGGAAACUCCUCCGCCCCCCCCCCCCCGCCCCGCUCUCCGCUCCCGCCCGCUCCCCGCGCCGCCCCGCAGCCUCCCCCGCCGCCCGCCAACAACUCCGGCGAGGCGCGCGCUCCCGCCGCCCAACCGCCUCAAUCGCCCUCCCCUCCCCCCCGCCGCCCGCCCGCCCGCCCAGCCGGCGCCGCCCGCGCUGCCACACGCACCCCACUCCCGCACACGCCCGCGGAUGCCCGCGGCCUCCGGAGGGGGAAGUAUGUUAACGUGAUCUGGAGACGAUUGAAUGAAUCAUCAGUUCCAUGGAAUAAAAGCAAGUGAAUCAUCUCCCAUACGCACACACAACUGCGAGGGAGCGUAGUUGUUACUGUAGAUAGUGAAAGCACAAGGAACUGAUCGAAACUCCAAGUACAAGAUACAUUUCAGACUGAGAAGAAACUUGUGUACACUGAAAAGAAAUCACAGAAGGAUUGUGGAGAAGAAUCUACAGUACAAAUUCUGGUAGGAAAAUGACUCGCCUGGCACGGGAGCAGGAGUUACCAGCCAUGUCCCUGUGAGACCUCCAGAAUUAAGAGCCAAUGCCUGGGGAAGUCCAGUUGCACAGAGCAGCGCCGCAGCUCUUGUGAACCGUCGGCACUGACGCCUCUCAGACUUGCUCCUCUGGCCCGAGUACUCUGCCAGCAUUUCCCACCCCACGAAUGGCUACUCAGAGGAAGCACUUGGUGAAAGAUUUCAAUCCUCAUAUCACCUGCUAUAUCUGCAAAGGCUAUCUCAUCAAGCCGACUACAGUAACUGAGUGCCUCCAUACCUUUUGUAAGACUUGCAUUGUUCAACACUUCGAAGACAGCAAUGACUGUCCCAGGUGUGGCAACCAAGUGCAUGAGACCAAUCCACUAGAAAUGUUAAGGCUGGAUAACACCUUAGAGGAAAUUAUAUUUAAGCUGGUGCCUGGACUUCGAGAACAGGAACUGCAGCGAGAGAUCGAAUUCUGGAAGAAAAACAAACCUCAAGAAAAUGGACAAGAUGAAAGCCCAAAAGCUGAUAAACCCAAAGUAGACGAGGAGUGUGAUGAAAAUGAAGAAGAUAAAGACUAUCACAGGAGUGACCCACAGAUUGCUAUUUGCCUUGACUGUUUACGCAACAAUGGGCAGUCAGGAGAUAAUGUAGUCAAAGGUUUAAUGAAGAAGUUUAUCCGGUGUUCUACUCGUGUGACCGUGGGAACUAUCAAAAAGUUUCUCAGCUUGAAAUUAAAACUUCCAAGUUCUUAUGAGCUGGAUGUACUAUGCAAUGGAGAAAUCAUGGGGAAGGAUCAUACUAUGGAAUUCAUCUAUAUGACGAGAUGGAGACUAAGAGGCGAAAACUUUCGGUGUCAGAACUGCUCAUCUUCGCAAGUCUGCUCACAGGAUGGCACUUGUUAUCAGUCUUACCCUAUGGUACUUCAGUAUCGACCUAGAAUUGACUUCGGUUAGACCAAAGGGCCAGAUCCCACUGAGAUGAAUCCUGCACUAUUUGUUUACCCAUCGACAGAUUGCACAAUGAAUGGAUGUGCCUGGAUUAGGGGGACACAACCAGAUUUUCAGCAUGCAAAUAAGGACAUUGUCUUUCUUUAAAAUUGUCAGUUGCAUCUCUGUUGUUUCUAUUAGAGCAAGCCAAGUGCCAUUCUGCUACUGAAAUGUGCAUAAGAUAUUUGUGUAUCUUACGAGUGUGCUGCAAAUCAUAGCCAAAAUCAUGAAGUGUACAGUCAAGAUUCAAAAACUAUGGAAUAUUUUUGCUUGCGUGUUAGAAAAAUUUUCUGGUCCUAAUAUUGAUUACACUAGCAAAAUGGCAGAGUGCUCAUUCCAUGUGGUGUUGCAGUUUCACACACUUACUAUUUUACUGAAUAUUGUUGUUUAAAUCAUAGAGUACUGUACAAAUAACUAAGGAUUAUACCUUGAAAAUAUUUUGUAUAGAAAAUAUAUUUAGAAAAGUGGUGAUUGGGCCACUACCUUUUUCUUGAUAAGCUUCUCAUGGGUCCAGGUAUAGCUCACUCAUGAGUGUGCAACAGUCCUUUUGCGGUGAAUGAAGAAUAUUUUCCUUUAAGAAGAGAUCUAGAACAUGGUAAAUUCAAAACAGUAACUUUAAAUCUUCUAAAUAGAUCCUGCUAAUAUUGCUUAAAAGCAUCGCAGCCUUUGUGAUUGCACUUUUCUGUGGUUUCCCUAAAGAUUGGAAUUUGGGAUCCUAGCUAUUUUUGGAAAAUGGCUUCUGGUCAGAUUACAUUUCUUCUAAUAAAGCCUCCCUAAAAAAGAAGUUAAAACCAGUGUGUCUAUGGAACAAAUAAAUUUCACUGUAAGAUUCCAACCAAGGCAAAAUUUUACAUUAAUUAUUGCCUUUCAAAGUAAGCAUUUCCUUUUCGGAUUGGUUGGAGGUAUACAAUAUGCUAAAAUAAAAAUAAUAUAUAGCUUUAAUUACAUUAUAUAUCUCUUGUGACUCUCUGGAGUUUAGAAUUCAUUAUAGCAAUUUUCAUUCAUAUUUCCAUAAAAUUAGAGGUAAUGCAAUACUGAAGAUAAGCAGUCUGACCAAAAUAAUUCAGGUCGUCUUUUUCCUAAGACCUGGGAGUGCUGGAUAAAAAGUGAUUGUUGCCUUAGGUAUUGCAAGCGUAAUGGUUCUAGUAUAGAAUGUUUCUUGAGGUUUCUGGUAAUGUUGCAGGGAGCGUAGGAAUGCGUAUGUUUUCUGUGGUCUUCUGUUGUCUUUGCUCUGCUUAAAAGUCAGUUGAGUUUUUCACUUCAAAUUCUGUGGAGAUACUUACCGUUCAGUACGUUUAUGUAAUUUCUGCCUGCUAGUAUUGUACAUAACUAUUUACUUUCUUAGGCCUUUUGCAUACAGCAAAAAGGAACCAAAUCAACUUUUCAGAAGCUACUGUAGAGUGAACUCAUCAUACUUAGAUAAGGCAAAGUGAAAAUUCUAUCUUGGGAUCAAGUAUAAUAGAUAGAUGCAAGGCUAUUAUUUCUUUGUAGGCUUUUGUUCAUGUACGUUAGUAUGUUUCUGUAGGAGAAAGAAGCAUGUUGUGGAUUAAAUCUGGCCCCUUUAACGUUAGUAGGAGUUCUAACAUGGAUGACUUGAGGAAUCCAUAUGUAGUUGGGUUAACUUCUACCAUUGCACUCCAAAGCCCGUAGGACAUGCAGAAAUAAAGACACUGUCGGUAGCAGCCUGUUUAGCAAACCUGCCAUUGCAGGUCAAGGUUGCACAUAUUGUGCAGAUGCCGGUGAACCUGGGGAAGCAAACCAUUUAGGAAGCUGCUGCUCCUUUCCGCAGGCAUAGUGUGCUGACUGGUAUAGGCACUGCUUUGCCCACGCUGCAGAUGGAAAGGGGUAUACAUGCUGGCUGCGGGAAGCGAUCGGCUUUUUGCCCACCCGGUCUAUGAUGUGCUACUUGACAGAAACAAGAAGAUACUCUUUGUAGGGAGGGCUUUCAUCCUCUGCAGAGUCUCUAGGGAAAAACAGAUUCUCUUUUCUGUAUAUAGAGGUCCUCCUCAUGGAGCAGCUCGGAAGAGCAGAGCAUGCAUUCUAAUUGCAAAUCAUUCUUCUCUUUAGUAUAUACAGUCAUUUUGUAUGGUAGAAAUAGGAUAUUAUUUGUAAAUAUUUACAUGCACAUACAAAUGACACCUUACAAUUUUUAUAUACUUCACUUGUUUUUAUACCAGAAUUUUCACUGUAGGUUCACUUGACAUAAGACGCCUGUUUCAGCUUAUCACAAACCUAACAGUAGUACUCUUAAGCAUAAUUUCUGCUUGGUCCAGGGGACGAUAUUUUUCUCAACAAUUGCACUUGCUGUUUUUGACAAAUUUGAGCAGACUUGUUUUAAAAAGAGAAGAACGUGUUAUUUUUAAUCCAUUUUCAGUUAUCUUACACAGAAGGUUGCAUCCACCUAACAGGACCCCUGAAACAGGACUACUGCAGCCAAGAGAAGAUUGGACUCUUUAAUGCCUUUCUGUAUUCACAACCGAGAACCAUGAAUUCUCUUGGCCGGAAUUGGACAUUGCUUUAAUUCAUGGUAGUUUCUUGAUGCAACUUAAAGCUAGAUUACAGAAGGCAAAUCUUCAUUUUAAGCAUGAAAAUACUGACAGAUAUGAUCUAAUGUUCCCAGCUGAGAAUAAUGGCAUUAAAUGCAUAUGAUGUAGCCACCUACACUUUAUGCAUUUCUGAUCUGAUGGCACGGUGCCUGGGUGCUGUUAUGAUUUAAUAGGUUUGUGUAGCAGUGAAGUGCCAGCGAAACACGUAUCUUAACUUGGCAGCUUGUAUCACACAGGCAUUGCCGUCUUUACAGGAAAUUUCUCUCCCGUAUAGUACCUGUGUGCCAUGUGUCUACAGAUAUGCAUAUUUAAUUCAUUUGUGCCAAUUAAGAAUAUCUGAACAGCACAGGAAUAUGAGAACAUGUGUAUGGAUUCCUCUGUGCCAAAGAUGGGGUAAAGUGAAAUGUCUACCUAAGGAUUCCACUAAAGCUGCACCAUAUGCCAUCCUAGAGCAGAUUGCUGGGUACAGUCACACCUUCUGAGCAUUUCCAUGACAAAGUGUCACCACUGCAUGUCUGGAAAGAAUAAGAAUACAAAAUAAGUGUUGCUGCCGCAGUGUUUCUAUGGCUUUCCCAUAUUGGCAGUACCUAGCUGGGGAGGGAUAAGCCCUAAAAAAUCCCACGCUACUACCUAACCUUGCGCUCUCUUAUCUAGCACAUUUGGUGCUUCCUCCCCCAACCCCCCCCAAAAGCAAAAAGCUUUUAUCUGCAUUUAGCUCUGGGGUAACUCAUUAAUGAAAGUCAUAAGCAACUUUUUGUUGAGCAUAGCUGUAUGCUGCAUUUGUCUGGUAACACACCGUAAGCUAUAUUUUACAAGUGAGGUCCUGUAUCUCAAAUAAUAUGGAAUGAGAUGAUUAAUCAAGAAAUAUAUCUUCCAUCAUGCAUUACUACACUGCUCAUAGCUAAGGGCCUAGUCCUAUAAGCAUAUAUUUAUUUGGAUGAAAUACCAAAUAAGAUUAUUACGAUAAUCUAAGUGACUCACCACUAUAGUAGGUACUGUUCAUAUGAAAGCUGCUGGGAUUUGGGUCCUAGGAGUAUGCAGCACUCUAAGUAUAUUGUGCAUACUCAGCUACCUUGCAGUUGUUAUGCAAUAAAAAUAUCUAAAAAGUAUUAUUUUGACUUUAACGAAAAUGCUAUAUAAAGGAAAGUGCCUGAUUAUUAAUACAGAAUAUCUUCUAAGCCCAUUAUUUGCAUCUGGCAGGGUAAUAUUUGCUUCUGUAUUUUAUCUAUGGUCUUAAUAUUUUCAGCAAGAAUAUUUCAUAAACAUGCUGUAUUGAGAAGCUUUCUUUCCUAGGAAACAAGCAGAAAAAGAAGUGUGUUCUGUUAGUUUUUUUCAAUUUUAAAUUAUCUAUCUCAGUAGAAACUAUAUGAAAAGAAUUACUUCUAUAUAGAAAUUAUUUCAUUUUCAGCGUGAGGAACCCUUGAAUUGUGGAUCUUGGUCGUCUUUUCUCCUAAGGCUCGAACAAUUUGGCGCUACUUUUCUCUUCUGUAGUUAUCAAAAACAGUUCUAGUAUAUCUGCAGGAGAAAAGAGAUUGGUCACAGUCCCUUUAGAUAUAAGCUAGGCUCAUGUUCUCCACUGUAGGCAAAGUGGUGGCCCAGAGUUCCAUCUCAUCUCUCCCUCGUAUAAUUGUUAGACCUGACUUUGUGAGAGAAGUAAACAAUUUUCCUUCUCUGCUGUUUUCUAAAAUAACAGAACAGGCCAGUGUUUAGUCCUUUAAUUGAACUAAUCACUGAGUUGUGUGGUUCCAUUUGUGGUUUGGUUUGGGGGGCGGUUUGGUGGUUUUUUGUGUUUUUUGUGGUUUUGUUUUGUUUUACAUUUUCUUAUCACUGAAGACACCAAGAGGCAUUCACUCCCCAGUAAAAAUAUUCUUAGGAGGACUUGCAACAAAAGGCAUAGCAUCCAGCUCAGCCAGGUACUAUAUCUGGUAGAAAUAUUGGAGAGCAGCUAGUUGUUCAAAGCCAGUCUUAAGUCUCAAAAUAAACAGAUUGAGCCCUCUUUAUAGAGGGGCUGUUUAUUAAACAUAUGUAAUUGUAUACAUGUUCCUUUUCUGGGUUAAGUAAAGGUGGCCCUUCCACCUCGGAAAAGUCCAGUGGUAAUUGUCAAUUUUGGCAGAAACGAUGACACGUUGGCAAAAAUGGCAUCGAGCCUGCGUUGGUCCCUACUUACUCUCGCCCUUAUUCACCCAAGCUCUUGUCAAUAGCUCCAGGGGAUCCGGCUGUCGCCCAAGAUAGAAAGGAAGAGUCAGUUUAUUUACAGAUCAUCAGAGAAUACAUUUACAAUGGAACAUUAAGAUUUUCAGCAGUUCUUGUUUUGCUAGUAAACACGUGUACAAUGUCCACUGAAGAGAACAAAGCUCAAUUUGAUAAUCAAGCUAACUUUUCCUGUCAGGAGCUAGAGAGUCUAAGGUCCUUUAGUAAUUCAUAAUUGCCCUGUUAACCAGUUUCCACGUGGGCCUAGUGGAAAUCCUAUGAAUUUAAUAUUGGCAUUGGUCAGUUCCUGCACCUGCUGUUUCAGAUGUUGAUAUUUCCUAGUGUUUUCUGUCGCUGCGUCCGCCAAAGAUGUUGAUUCACCUUCAUAUCUUACUGUGAUGUCAACAACCAGGACUUGGUCAUCUUUUACAAAUACCAAGUCCGGUUUGUAUAGUUCGUUCUGCUCAUCAUUCAGCAGCUGUUCUUGGAAUACUACCCAGUCCUCCUUUUUUGCCUCUUCAACCAACAUUUCACAUAACUGAUGGUGUCUUUUGAUUCUGGAAUCCUGUACUGCCGGGCAGUACCCAAUAAUGUGUGUGCAGGACUCAAUUUCCACCUGAUAGUGCUGGCAAAAUUCAAUUUGACUGUCCUGUCUACCCCUUGCUAAGAAUUUUCUUGUUGGGUAGACAUUGGCUCUUAGUUGUAAUGCAGUAAUAAGCUUUCUGUGGGGAACCCCCCCCCAUAAAACUCUAUGCAGUUGUUGCUGAUCUUAUCCCUCUCAAAGCUGGAAAUAGCACAGCGCUGGGACACCAGCCUGGUUCAGUUUUCAAAUUUCUGUUUUCUCCAGUUACAGGGCCUCAGAAAGACGACUUUUGGAGCGGGUGUCUCCCAUUUCAAGACCAAUUCAUAAAAUACUGUUCAGUUACAUGGACUGAUCAAACUCAUUUUCAUCUGGAAAAGACCAAAGGCAGUUAAGACUUGUAUGCCUAUCCACAGCGAAUACAUAAACGUGGAGAUGCUUAAAUCAAGAGCUUGGUGCAGUUUAUUCACUUAACCUAGGCAGGCUGAAGGCAUCCGUUUGGUUCUGUCGAAAAUGCGUGUAUCACGCAGGUCUCACUUUAUUUCACGCCGUGUUAUUUUAUUAUUUAUCUCAGCUGAAAUGUGUAUUCAGGCACCUUGUGUCCUGUACUUAAUUCUAGGUUCUUACGCAUCCCUUGCCCAUUCCCAUACCCCACCCCAUCUCAUGCCCAACAAGUAGAAACAUUGAGGAGUUAUAAAGAAGAAAAUUGCCCAUGAGGAAUCCACUCCUAGGUUUCGUUUGUCAGGCAGCUCUCAAGGACUUAAGUAAAAUUUUCGCAGUUCUGCAUUUUUUAAUGCUUUAUAGCCGGUUUGAACAAGGUAAUGCUUCCGCAAGGUGUUCCGCUAAAGACGCUUGGUUGAGGAAGGAUUGCAGUCUACUGCAGCAUUUUCCAGGAUGGCUUCCAAGUUACAAGCGGAUCGAUUCACCCUAAAGGAAAUGUGAAAAGCUUCCAACUGCUUAUUUACCACUAGUUUUACCACUUAUGGGUAGUCUGGCCUUCAGACCUCUGCUGAAACGUCUUUCUGUAGGAACGUCCUCCAAAAAGAUGAUCUUAUAAUGGUAAUAUAUUUUUCUUCAUAAGUAGAUCUACCUGUUGAAUUUUUUUUUUAAAUUACUGUCUACACUGUCUGUAGAUCAGAUUAAAACAUCAGAUACCAGAAUAGGGAAUAGAUUAAUUAAUGAAUUCCUGACACAUUCUUCCAUCCAAGGUGUGAGCCCUAAAUCAUCUUCUGAAUUCAGGUAGCUUGCUACUACAGUUGAGUAGGGAUGUUGUUUUAUUCUCUAGUAAGCAAAUGAGAUCUGUGCAGUUCCAGAGUGUGGCAGUGAAACGAGGAGCUCUAUAGGUGGGUAGAAAGAUCCAGGCUACUUUUUGCACUUGCAGAAGGAGACCCAGUUCUGUAGGCUCAGGAUGGAGGAGACAUUCUGGAAUGAAAGAUGUCUACAAGCAGAAGUUUUUGUAAUUACAUUAAUUUUAACCAAAGAGAGGCAUUAGUUUGACUUUGCAUGUUUAUCUGAACCAUUAGGCAUACUUUUCUUUGAAGUAACUUUUAUGUGUAUUUUUAGCAAAUGCUUCUAACAAGGUUUAAUAAUGUGACAGUUGACAGGAUGAGGUGAACAGAAGUAAUUACAGUGCAUUUUCCUUUUUCCUCAUGAUAGCGAGCGGAAAGCAAAGUAAGAGUUGAGAGUAGAUUGCGUACGAAAUCGCUGCAACAGCAAAAUGUUUGUGCUGCUAGUUAACGUACUGAGGUUUGUAUUACAAAUGAAGUUGUAAUAAAGACGUUUAUUAUCAAAGUGCGAGGCACAUAUUUUAUGACGGUAUUCUACUGCUAAAAUUAUGUUUUGUAUUAUAUUGACUCUAGUAGACAUUGUCGCUGUUGUCUCACGAAUUUUGAUGCGGUAAAAUGAAGCGUGCUCCCUUUUUACUGAAAAGUAUCACAAACUAAUUGAUUUAAAAUUACUCUUUGUUUCAGAUAUUUAGCUUGUUCAUAAAAAAAAAGGGUUUUUUAAAAUAAACUAUUUUGGUGGAUAAUCUGAUUGCCUAACAGUUUUAAGGGACGUAUUUAAUACCAAAGGUAAAGCCACCCAGAAACUGACUUGGAAUAAGGCACUGACGCUUUUUGGGAGUGCAGUGGUCAGGAGUUACACCUGGAAUCAGUCGAGCAGAACUUAACUGCUGGUAGCUGUCUCUGUCACCGAGCUGAAGGGUUAGGCACGCCUAGCAGUUUCCAAAACAAAACACAAAAGGAAAAAAAAAAAACAACAGGAGUGGCAUAAAGGUUGAGUUAACAGACCUCGAGUAGCUCUUUGAGUCAUAGCUCAUGUUCGCCAAGAAAAGCACAAAGGCUUGCAUUACUGAUGUGUCUGCUAUACCUGGCCUGUGAACUGACAAAAAACCAGUGUGCUGUCAAUCCUGUAAACCUUCCAAAGCACAAAAUAUUCACCAAGCUACUUUGGGGUUUUCUAGCUGUAGUUCAGUGAUAUUUUGGAGGGUGGAGAGGACAGACUUGGAGGAUAAUGAGAAGAUAUUAAGUAUGUUUUACAGAUUUUUAUAGAUAUUUUUUUAGCAAAUGGCAUUGCUGUCCUCGAUGUGAGACCAGUGGUUAGUAAGAAGUCAAUUAUUUUACUUGUGCAGUAUAAAAUAGAAAGAAUACAGACAGAAAUAUCUUGAUUUCCUUUUCCAGGUUAGUGAUUUAGCUAAACUGGAAAGUAAUAGGACGAUUUAGUUAUUUAGCUGACUGAGAUACUUCAUUCUAAAAACUAGCUGAUCGUAUUUUCAUUUCCUCAAAUACGAGCUUAGAAUAACCGUGAAGCAAUGCAUCAUUUUUUCCCUUAUUGCAGACUUAACUAUUGAAAGGAAAAUAUUUUGCAUUUUCUAAAAUGAAUGCAAAGCCUGAGUUGUUGGAUGUUCCAGGCUACUGAAUAGAUGAUAUAGAGUUACUCUCAACGGAUUUUUUUUGGGAUGGGGGCCUAAGUGUCCUUAUAUAAGCUGUGAUCCAAGUUAUGAUAAGAAAGGAGCCUAUGGUGAGCAGUAAUAAUGUUCUAAUGCUUCCUUGCAUUUGAUCAGUAGUUAACCAGUUUUUAAUAUAACAGCCCUCACAGUACUUAGGAGCUCAUAGAACUUAUUGUGAUGUUAUGUUGCUAAUUUGUUUUAAAAUAUAAAAUGUUUUAAGCUUUUUGUCAAAAGUGAUAACAUCAUAUUACAAAAACCUUUUUGUGGUUGUAAAAUUUAGCUUAUAAAUCAUUCAAAUUGAAGUGAAAAAAACACAGGUCAUUGUUAAUGACAGUCUAUCCUACUAUUAAGAAUAUAUGUAUUUUUGUAAAGGAAAAGCACUUGUAGAUAUUUAAUCAGUCCAGUAUCUAUCUAUGUUAAUGUUUUGGAAAAAAAAAAAAGAAAAAAAGAAAACAAAAUGCUGCUUAGAGAAUCACAUAUUUUUAUGUUUUGUGCUCAAAUGCAUUUUCUGUUGGUUUAUGGAAUGUUUAUUCUGUGUGAAGCUGUAUAGUUAGUACAGCUGGGCUAAAUGCAUUUCUUUCUUUAACUUAAUCAGUUGUACCUGACUAUGAUAAUAUCUUUUCUGUCCGAUCAGAAAGCUAAUUGCGAAACAGACUGGUGGUGCUGUUUUUCAUCUUUGAUACUCACUUCAUUUUGCCUUAUAACAUUUCUACUUCAUAACAGUUAUAAAAAUACCCUAAUAUUUUUGUGAUGUUUGUGUUUUCAUGGAUGUUUCAGGGUAUAGUUGGUUAUUCGGUUGAAUCUUACUAUAAACAUUUUUAUAAAAUGGUGGCAGAAUUUUGUGUACAGUAUUUAAAAAAACAGUUCCCCAGACGAAAAAAUACGCCGGAUUAGGCAAGUUGAGGAAUCUGCUGCUGGAUACAUGCAUGGAACGUGAUUGCAUCACUAAAGUUUCUGAGCAUUUGUACAAAUAGUAUUUUUUAAAAUCAGAAUAACUCAUUUCUUUGUAAUAUUCUGCAGUUAUUUAGAACCUCACUCUUUAACUGUAUUUUGAUUCAAAAUAGUGCAUUAAUGCAGGUUUAGGGGGAAAAAACCGAAAACAGUAAGGCAAAGAGUUUUAUUAAAUGACAGUAGAGAGUGGUGACCACAUUCGUUUGUCGUUAUUAAUGUACGGUCCAAAAUCUGUGUAGUUAUUUCAGUGGGAUUCUACAGGGGUCUGCUCCGUGGGCCUGAUGCUGAGCUGUGCUCUUCAGCUUGACCUCAGUGGAGCUGCGUCCUUUAAUUAUCCUUGUAGCUAAGACCUGAAGCGACCCAGAGUUCCCACUUCCUCACUGAAUUUCCCUUCACGGGUGGUUAAUACUGUGUAAAUUCAAUCUUAUUGUAUUGACCUUCCCACGAGUAAAGUUCUGCAACGUUGAGGGCGUACACUAGCAGUAGAACUCAGUGUUAUAAAAUCAGCUGAGUAAAUACUUGCAUCGUUGUCGAAUUGGGGGAGAAUUCCACUCAGACUAUGAACAUCUGUAAUGCCGCUGUCUCAUCAAUGCGCGUGUUCCACAAAGAUCCGCAAGUGAUCAGGUUUUGAUGUGUUUUAUUAUUUGAGUAUUGUCCAUUUUUAUUAUUUUUGUUAAGAGCUAAUUUCUGCAUUAAUUCAUUGGGGUCAACAUCUCAGGGUCCACAAAGUAGCAGUUAAAAAACUUAAAUCCAUUUGACCUGAGUGCAAUACCAGUAUUGCAGUCUUGUCUCUCUGAAAGAACCAAAUAUGCUGUGUUUCGAAGUAUUUUUAAAAAAGCACUGUAAAUUUCACCCAGUUUUACCAAAGGAAUAGUUGGUUUUGGGGUUGGUUUUUUUUUUUAUUUUAAAUCUGCUAAAAUCCAUAGAAGCUGAGUGUGGCCCUGGAAAAGAUGAAAUGCCUAUAACUGAGUUAGCACUAGUGAGCAAUUUUACAUUCGCUAAGGGAAGUGCCGGUACUAGGGGGGGUUUUUUUUUGGUGAAACCCCGUGGUCCUGCCUCUUGAUGUAGAGUGAAGCGUGCCUGUUCAAAGCUGCAUCGACAUUUGUAAGCAAGAUUUAUUUCAGAGCAACGGCUCAUGCAAACCCUGUGAACGGACCUUUUAGGAUCUUGCGUAUAAAUCUGAUACGUAAUGAUAUUUCUGAUGACGUAACUACCUGUGUGGCUCAGUACCAGUGAUGUUAAAUGGAGUGCUUCAUGCUAAGAAUGUUCCCAGCACCUCCACAACAGCUGAUAACGAAUGACAGUUUGGUGUGACCCGUAUGCUGCAAGAUGCCUCUAGCCCAGUUGGAUUAAUUUUAUGAAAAAUCUAGAUGAGCAAGAAGUAUAACUAAUCUGCUUACUAGCACUGAAUUGCUCCUUUCUCAAAGCAAUAAAUAUAUUCAUGUUGUAACAUCUGUUGUGCAGCCUACAAUACGAGUUGUUUUGUUGCAUUGUUUCUAUAUAAUUUAUUUUGUGCAAUAAAAAAAAUCUCUGGUUUUAUCUGA